AUGGCUACAGCUCAAGUCGAGAUAGCCGCUCAGUCUAAACGUCAAAACGAUAUCUAUCUAUCUCAGAUUGAGACAAUGAAGACCAUGGCCAAUGCUGCUAUUAUGAAUAAAGAUAUCAGUGGACUCGAUGAUGUGACUCAAGAAUUCUACAAGCUUCAACGAGAGCAGAUCAUGCUUCAACUCCGUGAACGAUCCAAAGCGAAUGCAGUUGAACAAGCAAAACAAGCUGAAGUGGAACGAGCUAGAUCUGCCACAUCGGCAACUAUUUUGACUCAAGGUAGUACUUGUUCUCAAGCUAGUGGCAGUACUCAAACUCAAUCAACCACUAGCUCUAUUUCUCAAGCCGGCACUCGGACUCCAACUCAAGCAACGACUAGUACAACCUCAAUUGAUAUAGCCUAG